GAGAGAAUCUUUCCAUGCUCUAGAGGGCGCGGGGGACUUCCGCUAGCGGACCGGAAGUGAGGCCUAGCGUAGAGAAGAGGAGCCUUCCUUUCGGCGAGGACGAUGCCGCCUCCGUUCCCGCCUCGCUUCGGCGGGCCCCCGCUGCCGCACGGCUUCCAGCCGGGGCCCUUCCGUGGCCUUCCUCCUCCUCCUUCCGCGUUCCCUCCGUUUCCCUCUGCCUUUCCUCCUCCUCCUCCUUGGCAACAACCGCCACAGCAGGCUCCGUUGCCAUGGCGACCGUUGCAGGCCGCAGAGAGGCCUAGUCCGGCGCCGGGCUCGAGUAGUGGCUUGGAGACGGAGAAGGAGACAGAGGAGGAGGCCUGGCUGCUCCGCUUCGUUUCCCAGGCCCGUUCAGAACCGGAGAAGAAAAAGUUUCCCGAACCACCACCGGUCGAUUUAGGCCUCCCAGCCUUCGAGGCGCUGCUUAGCGCAGCUCGAGCCUCGGCGGGGGAAAAAGAGCUGCAAGGAAAAGAGGAGGGAAGCGGGGAGGCCUCGGCCCGGGAGAGGAGCCGCAAGAAGCGACUGCGGCGCCGCAGGCAGAGGCAGGAAAACCGCGCCGCCGGCGAGGAGGAGCAGGCCCGACAGGUGGAGGAGGAGGAGGCCCGCAUCGAGCGGUGGAGGGCGCGCCGGGCCCAGGAGGACGAGCAGCGGCGACGGGAAAAGGAACUGAAAGCUGCUGCAGACAGCGUCUUGUCCGAAGUCAGGAAGAAGCAAGCGGACACCAAGCGCAUGGCUGAAAUUUUGAGGGGUUUAGAAAAGCUGAGGAAACUGAGGAAAGAAGCAGCAGGAAGGAAAGGUGUUUGUCCACCCGCUGCUGCAGACGAGGCCUUUGAAAAUGAAGUCCAGAGUUUAAGAGCUUCCAUCAAGAAGCGCACAGAGCUCUACGACGCUGAAGAGCGCGCUCUGCGUGUGAUGCUGGAAGGGGAGCAGGAGGAGGAGAGAAAGAGAGACCUGGAGAGGAAACAGAGGAAGGAGAGAGAAAAACUUAUGCAGCAGAAGCGCGAGAUGAAUUCCAAACUCUUUGGAGACCCAGAUGAAUUCCCCCUCACUCACAUUUUGGAACCCUUUACCCAAUAUUAUUUGCAAGCUGAAUAUUCUGUGCCAGCUCUCAUCCAGAUCAGGCACGAAUGGGAUCGGUUCUUGGUGCUGGCGGAUCACCCAGAAGGACAAGGCGUCCCUCCAGGGUGGGUCCUCCCCAGUCCACCUUCCAGCGAUAUCUGGGCCACGGCUGUCAGAUGAUGUCUUUGAAGCUCCACUCCGUAACUCAGAAGGGGUUCAACACAUUCCGCAAAAGCCUUUAGUCUAAAAGUCUGUUGCAUUUUUUUUUCUUGCAAAUCAGACCCAGCUGACACCUGGAGGAUAUAAAAUACUUUGUCCAGAAGUAAGACAUUGUUUUCAAGAAGUAAGAUGCUGAUAGUUUAAAAGAGCUGUUUUAAUUUCUCAUUCAUGGCAGUAUUGUAAACUAUCGGCUGUUGUGAAUGUGUUGCUGUCUGUGAUGCAGCUGUGCGUUUCAGUGUAAACACACCUUUCCCCCAGAAGUGAAAUAUUUUCACCCUUUUCUUUUAAAGUGUCAGGAAAUGGCAUGUCCUGAAUGCACUGUCAACAUUACAGUUCCAAGAGCAGAGACGUGGAUUUUUAGCUAAAGCUCUAAGUUAGAGCAAUGGAGAGAAUUAACAGUCGCAUUGCCAAUUUGUUGGCACAAAUUGCAUUUAGAUGGUUGAAUGAUGUACAUAUAAAAGUACUGAAGAAUAAUAGAGAGCUGACAAUACCUCUGUCAGUUCAAAAGUGCAUUGUCAAAGCCUGGUUGGCAUUCAGUAAAAAAGCUUUGUGUUUGAGUUUGCUUUCCUUUGGUUGCAUUCAAUAUCACUUUUAAUUUUAAAAAAUUGUGGCAACCCAAUUUGCAGAGGAACAAAUUAUAAUUUGGGAGAACCAUGUAAAUCAAGAUCCAACUGAUUUUCAGACCUAGUUUGGAAUGGAAAUGGAAGCUAUACCAUUUCAGUUUUUACCAAUGACCAACAGGAUUUCAUUAAAGAUAGUUUAAUAUUGUGUUUUGAAUUUAAUGCAAACUAUGCAGCUCAGAACACUGGGAAGAAUGGCUUGUGAAGCCCUAUGAAAAUCGAAAGUACAAAUGCCUGAAUGGGAAGAGAUACAGCUUGUAAAUGUAUUUACUUUUCUCCUUUGAAACAAAAUUGUUGUCAUGUAAUUUGAUAAACAUCAAUUGUUGAUGGUUUGGUUUGACACAUUGUCAAGUUGCGCUAUUUAAUAUUUUUAUACUUGAAACAAUAAAGAACAUUUCACAUUG